AUGUUUACCCAAUUCUUAAUCACUCUCCUCAUUGUAUCUGUCACUGCAAAGAACACUGAUGAUAUGGUGCGUCAAUUGGAUCCAAAACUGUUAUCGGGUUUGGAAGAAAAGCUGAGCCAUUUCAGAUUCUAUUGGCAUGACACACUCAGUGGACACAACCCAUCUUCUGUCACAGUUAUUCCAUCACCUUUGAAGUUGAACUCAACCACUGUCUUCGGUUUGGUCAACAUUUUUGAGAACCCUUUGACUUUGGGACCCCAUUUGAGCUCCAAAUUGGUGGGGAAAGCACAAGGGUUCUAUGCCUCUACAUCGCAGAGUGAGGUGGACAUGCUUGUGGCUAUGAACUUUGCCUUCACAGAAGGGAAAUAUAAUGGCAGUAGCAUCACCAUUUUGGGAAGGGACCCUAUUUUCAAUGAGGUGAGGGAGAUGCCUGUGAUUGGUGGCACUGGACUUUUUCGAUUUGCUAGAGGUUAUGCUCAACUUAGGACUCACUCGUUCUUAGCUGAGACCAAGGAUGCUGUAGUUGAGUACAAUGUUUAUGUUUUGCAUUAUUGA